AUGAAGCUGUCUCUACCUUUCGUUGCGCUCUGCGCAGCACCAGUCGUUGUUGGUCUUGUUCUCCCAGACGGCGCCUUCGAGAUCAAGAAGCAUGAGCCUAAGGACCACCAUCACCAUGAUCCCGACCUGGUCAAGCACCAUCACAAGCACCACGAUCAUAAGCACAAGCAUCUUCAUCCCCAUGAGCAUAUCCACGUCACCAAGCACAAGCAUCCCGAAAAGCCUUGUCCUUUUCUCACUGAGGAGAAGACUUGCAAGCUCUUUCACUAUGCCACCAAGGAUGUCGAGGAGCUCAUUCAUGCUGUGCAGACCUAUGACUGUGGCAAUGAGGAGAAGUGUUGGCAUGUGGGUUGCUCUCUUGGACCCCGAAACUCUGACAUGACUAACACUGGACGAAAGAAAAUUGUUUACAAGAUCUACAGCCUUGAGUAUGGGCUGGAUGCCUUUGACAAGUACGUGGACAGCACCACUCUUAAGAAGUGUCUCACCUGUGGAAACGACUCUCCUGUCGUUGGCUGCUUCCUUCACUAUGCCGAUGCUCUGAUCCGCCUCCUGAAGCUCCUACGGCACCAGACCAAGACUCUUGAUGGGGAGGUUGAACGACCUGUCCUCACUGCCAUCAACAGUCUUCGUGUUUCCAACUAUGCCUUGGUCUAUGAGAUUGCCCGCCGUAUUGAGUGCAAGAAGAGCCUCAAGAUCAUCAUGUCAAAGCAGGGAGCCAACGAUGGCACCACCAAGGGUAGUAUCCAGGCGGCAUUCUCGAAGUUCCCCUACACUCCCCUGAUCACAGGCGAGAACUUUGAGGACGGAGUCGCGCUAGACAAGGCCGAUGGUAAGGGGGACUCGGAGGGUGAUGGAGAGAAGAAGCACAAGAAGGUGCACAAGCACUACCACAACCAUCACCACGGACACAAGCAUGGGCACAAGCACGGCCACGGACAUGGCCAUCUCCACCAACACGGACACAAACACGGACAUAAGCACGGGCACAAGCACGAGAAUGAGCAUCACUACGAGCACAAGCACGAAGAAAAGGAUCCCCACGAUCAUUACGAUGAGGUUCGUGCCAACGAUGCAGGUCCUAGACUUAUGGCAAGGCCCAUCACUAACAGUGAGUCUAGUAACUAUGAGAGACAUAACAAGCUCGAGCGCCGCCGGGGAUACGAAUAUUGUUGUGUUGAGUAG